UUUUCCAAUAAGCCCAAGAACCAAUGUUGAGCUAUAUAAAUAUAUAAAUACAUAGACACAUUUGCUACCCAAAACAAGAAAGCAUACGAUUGAAAGCCUUUCUGUUAUCCAUUGAGUGCCCCUGAACUGGAUUUUGCCACUAUGUCAGGUUACAGUGGGUGUUUGUGAGAGUAGUAUCUGGCAACCCGGAGCAGCCCCGGCCGGUGAAUGUUGCGUUAGCGCCUCGCUCAGCCGCACCGCCGCAGAGGCUCUUCCUGUGGCAGCCGGCUAGCAUCAUGGCGAACGUCGUGGAUACCAAGCUAUACGACAUCCUCGGAGUUUCCCCGUCGGCCUCUGAGAACGAACUGAAAAAGGCGUACCGUAAACUGGCCAAAGAGUACCACCCGGACAAGAACCCCGAUGCAGGAGACAAGUUUAAAGAGAUCAGUUUUGCAUAUGAAGUACUGACAAACCCAGAGAAGAAGGAGCUUUAUGAUCGCUAUGGAGAACAGGGGCUCCGGGAGGGAGGAGGCGGGGGGCCCGGCAUGGAUGACAUCUUCUCUCACAUUUUUGGCGGAGGACUGUUCGGGUUCAUGGGGGGACAGGGCAGAGGACGCAAUGGAGGCAGGAGGAGAGGAGAGGACAUGGUACACCCUCUGAAGGUUUCUCUUGAAGACCUUUACAAUGGCAAAACCACCAAACUGCAGCUUAGUAAGAACGUGCUUUGUGCUUCCUGCAAUGGUCAGGGGGGUAAGGCAGGAGCAGUGCAGAAGUGUGUGGCCUGUAGAGGACGAGGUAUGAGAAUCAUGAUUAGACAACUGGCGCCUGGGAUGGUCCAACAGAUGCAGUCCGUCUGCACAGACUGCAAUGGAGAGGGUGAGGUGAUAAAUGAGAAGGACCGUUGCAGAAAGUGCGAGGGUCAUAAGGUGUGUAAGGAGACCAAGCUUCUGGAGGUGCACGUGGACAAAGGAAUGAGGCACGGACAGAAGAUCACAUUCUCUGGGGAAGCUGACCAGGCACCAGGUGUCGAACCAGGGGAUAUCGUCCUGGUGCUGCAAGAGAAGGAACAUGAGGAUUUCCGCCGUGAUGGCAGUGAUCUUCACAUUGUCCAACGUAUCGGCCUGGUUGAGGCUCUGUGUGGCUUCCAGAUGACCGUCACACACCUCGAUGGACGUCAGCUGCUUGUUAAAUACCCGCCUGGCAAAGUCAUCGAGCCAGGCUCUAUUCGCAUGGUGAAGGGAGAGGGAAUGCCUCAAUACAGAAAUCCUUUUGAGAAGGGAGACCUUUACGUCAAGUUUGACGUCCAGUUCCCUGAAAACAACUGGAUUAGCCCUGAAAAACUGAAUGAACUCGAGUGCUUGCUGCCUGCUCGUGCUGAGAAUCCAGUUAUCGCAGCUGAUGCGGAGGAGGUUGACCUGACAGAUUUCGACAAGAGUCAAGGGUCGGGAGGCGGAGCCAGAAGAGAGGCCUACAAUGAUAGUUCUGAUGAGGAAGGGGGCCAUCAUGGCCCAGGGGUGCAGUGCGCACACCAGUAGAAAGACUCAUACAUAAAGACAUGCACAUAUAUAAAAAAAAAAUCAUAAAUACAUGACCAUCCAUUGAGUCUCAUUGCUAGUACCAUUCAAGACUUGACGCACAUGCACAUUUCUCUCCUUUCAUGAUUCCCAUGAAAAAGAGAUAAACACAGACACACACAAACACAGACACAAACAAACACGUAUAUCGACCCUCCUCAGUUCCAUGGUGCCCAUAAGUCAGAGAGAUGCUGGACGUGUGAUGACCAUGUUUGUGUGUAUGGACAGUAGUGCUCAUCAAAGCCUCCGGCAAGAGGAGGCGACUCAUUCUCAGAGGUUCGUAGACUGAAUAUGACUCGGACCACCCUGUGUUCAUCCCAGGCUUUUACCUUUCACUGUGGGAAAUAACCAGUCUAGUGUAUAAAAUGCAAAUAAUGUUGACUAUCUUGUAUAAGGUGUAGUUUAGUCUCUCGCACACAAGCGCAUGCUGCUUCUCGCUGAAGAUCUUGCACAUGUAGAUCCAGGGUUCAGACACCACAGAGAAAUUUGACACCCCACCUAUUUAAAUUUCGGUGUCCCCGCUAUCAAAGUGUCCUGCUGUCACAAGAGCCGACCUGACUACAGCCCUAAAAGCGUGUCCUCUGCACAGCCCGCUGAGAACCGCACAUUUAACCCUCCUCACCCCCACAACGUGAACUCUCAUACUUUGAGAAAGGGAUUGUUGGUUCUGUUCAGUCCCCAGCGGUCACCUUGCUAGAAUAUUAAAGCCUUGAGUAUAGCACCUGUCAGCCAGGCGCCAUGUUUUCUUAGUUUGGAAAAUUAAGGUUUCUUUGUUUUGUGUCUUUGUUGGUUUGAAUGUUUGUGCAUUUGAGACCACAGAACUUGAAGCUAACUUUACUUGUCAUUUGAGUUGAGGACACACUCGUGUACUUUGUAUGUGUUUAACGCAGUGACUCAGUUUUGUGGGAGCUGCUGCUGAAUGUUCUGGUUUUAUUAGGGUGAUAGAUACUCCUGCUUUGUGUUGGACUGCGGUGUGGGUGGACAAUAUAUAGGGCCAAUAAAAGAGGAAAAACUGAAUGUUUAUUUGUUGAGUCUCUCAUGUAGACAGUCUUUUUUUCCCCACUCUACUCACCAGGACUGAGAGAGAUCCUCCACCCCUGCAGGAAAACCAACGGGCCCACGACAAACCCUCUGUAUUAUACAUUUCUCCCCAUCGUAGAGUUGUAAGCCAAACAUAUGUCCUCUAACAUCCCACCACUCAUUACCUGUAAAUAAAUGCAGCCCCGGUCCAUAGGUGCACUCAGAGUCUACAGCAGUGUCCUUCCUGUCGUCACAUUAUUUCUUACUCAAACAAGACCAAUAUAUAAAUAUUAUGUUCACAUGAAGGAGAGUUUAUGGAACCUCUGUAGACUGUUAACAUGCACCUCUGUGACGCAUUGUGUCUGUAAUCUAGGCCACAGGGGAUUCAUAUGUACGCAACUAAAGAGGGUCAUUGAUAAAUGACGUUACUGUUGAUGCUUAUGUUUGUCAAAGAUGAUAAUUAAACUGUAUAAUAAACAGUCACUACAA